AUGACAGCCAAGAAUCUCCCGUUUGACCUCUCAAAAUGUGCAAGGCCUAAUAUCCUUCAAUUGCGGCCAUAUCGUUGCGCAAGAGAUGACUACAAAGACGAUGGAACAAAUGUACUCUUAGAUGCGAAUGAGAAUGCGUAUGGCCCAGGUCUAGUCUUGAAUUCUGAGGGAAGAAUUCAGAAGGGAUUGUCGGCGGCAACAGCGACGGCCAGCGAGAAUUCAUCUUUCCCAGAUAUCGACUUCUUGGGUCUAAACCGAUAUCCUGAUCCCCAUCAAAUCGAACUCAAACAACUCCUGUGCAAUUUGCGAAACACACACGUUCAUACACAAAAUACUUUGACUCCGGAUAGGCUUUUUGUCGGCGUGGGCUCCGAUGAAGUCAUUGAUGCCCUUCUCCGCUGCUUCUGCACACCAGGCCAUGACCAGAUCCUCACGUGCCCGCCAACAUAUGGCAUGUAUUCAGUCAGUGCGCAAAUAAACGACAUCAGCAUCGUCAAAGUUCCCCUUGACACUUCCAACAACUUUCGUCUCCGCCCUGAAGCCAUCAACGAAGUAUUAUCGUCCACCCCUUCCAUAAAACUGGUGUACAUUUGUUCUCCCGGCAAUCCCACAGCAAAUCUAAUCCGAAAAGAUGAUAUCCAAAAGGUCCUCGAGCACCCAACAUGGAAUGGUGUGGUUGUGGUUGACGAAGCUUACAUCGACUUUGCUCCUGAGGGCUCAAGCCUCGCGGAGUGGGUGGCGGAGUGGCCUAAUUUAGUUGUAAUGCAGACACUGAGCAAAGCAUUUGGACUUGCGGGCAUCAGACUGGGCGCGGCGUUUACGAGUCCUGAAAUCGCGCGGCUGUUGAAUAGUUUGAAGGCUCCAUAUAACAUCUCCAGUCCCACCAGUGCGUUGGCAAAGGCUGCGCUGGCGACGGAGAAUGUUGCACUCAUGAAUAGGAACAAGAAAAAGAUUCUAGCACAGCGGGAUAGGCUGAUUUCAGAGUUGCCGAAAGUCCCUGGAAUUGGAAGGUUUCUAGGCGGCAUGGAUUCGAAUUUCCUGCUCGUUGAGGUUCUUGAUAGGCCAGCGGAAGAGGGAGGGAAGCCGUGCAAUGAUAUGGCCCUGGCGGUCUAUAAGGCUCUUGCCGAGAAGAAAGGUGUUGUUGUCCGGUUUCGAGGGAAUGAGGAUGGCUGUAAGGGAUGUCUAAGGAUCACUGUUGGAACGGAAACGGAAGUGUCGAAAUUCUUGCGGGAGAUACAGGUCGUGUUGUCUGAUAUCUAUGCCACCAAGGGAUUAAAAUGAAAUGGGAGUUACGGUGGAUGUAGAUUUUGCUAACUAUCUCUCUUGCUUUUCCGGCUAUA